AUGACUGAAUACAAGGGCACGGGAACGGAUUCGAGCAGAAUUGCGCGCCUGGCCAAGGCGCGCGAGGAUCAGCAGAAGCGAUUCGAGGAGUCCAAGAAGGCGAUCGAGGAAAAGCACAAAAUCGAAUCUAUUCGCAGCAAGUUCGCCUCGAAUCGAGAUGACGUGGAGGACCAGCUGAAACAGGCCACGGUGGGUCUUGUGAGCUACGAAGAUUUCAAACGUAAGCGGCAGGAUCUUGAGCAGGCCGCUGCCGCUCUGCUGGAAGAGAAGAAGGACAAAUCGAGUGUGAGGACGAUCAAGAAGCCACGCGUUGCGAAAGCCAAACUGUCGUUUGCACUUGACGAGGAGGAUGAGGAUGGCGGCGAGGAGAGUGCAGAGAACGGACAAAAAGAUAAGAAGAAGCCAGGCAAGAACCCCUUCGUGGACACCACGUUCCUGCCGGACAGAGAGCGAGAAGAGGAGGAGCGUAAGAUUCGCGAGCAGCUUUCUGUCGAGUGGGAGAAGGAACAAGAGAAAGUCAAGAACCAAAUGAUCUCGGUGACGUACAGUUACUACGAUGGCACUGGCCACCGACGCACGGUAGCCGUGCGCAAGGGCACCAAGAUCGACCAGUUCCUCGAGUUGGUGAGACAGGAGUUCCACGAGCUCCGAGGCAUCAGCUCUGAAAACAUGCUCUUCAUCAAGGAGGAUGUCAUUAUUCCUCAUGACUACACGUUCUACGACCUGAUCGUGACCAAGGCCAAGGGCAAGAGUGGUCCUCUGUGGAACUGGGACGUGCAUGACGACAUCCGUAUGCUGGCCGAUGCCACCAAGGAGAAGGACGAGUCGCACGCGGCCAAGGUGGUGGAGAGGCGGUGGUACGAGCGCAACAAGCACAUCUUCCCGGCCUCGCGCUGGGAGGUCUACGACCCCAACGUCAAGCGCGACCGCUACACCAUCCACGGCGAUGAAGUCACCAACAAGUAA